AUGUUUAAGCAUUUAUCGGCUACUGGAUUAUUGGGUCUUGCUUUGACUCAUAGAACAUUCGCUUCAGAAUACUCUUCAUCUUUAAUUACAGAAAAUGCAGGUGGUGACUCAAUCGCCAACGCUGACAUCGAUGCUUUGGAUGCUUUGGCCAAAACUUCCAAUAUGGCUUUCGCUGAUCUGCCCGAAUUUCCCCAGUUUGUUAACUUAAGAAAAUAUGAAGGUAUGCAAUAUUCAGCUGAUGAUAUUUUGGAAGACUUGGUCAGAGAACAAGAUCUAGACUUAGAUACUGUCAAACGCCAUGAAAAGUUCUCCGAGAUCGAAAAGAUUUUGAAAGGUAUCGCCGACGAGUUGUCAAAUGAGGAUGAUGAUGAUUACGAUGAUGAACCGCCAUGCAAGUACAAAGAUAAAGAACAUCACGGUAAAAAAUGUUUAAAGGAUAAAAAUGACUUUGAUUACGAAGACAAGGAUGAUAGCUCCAGUGAGUUAAAAGAUAAAAAAGAUUUUGAAUGGAAGGAUAAGAAGAAAUUCUUUGACGAUGACCAUUAUGAAUAUGAAGAUGAGGAAAAUGAACCUGACUAUGAAUAUGAGGAUGAUGAAGAGGAUGAAGAUGAUAAGAAAAAAUUCUUCUGGCAAAAUCCUGAAGAAGAAUAUGACGAAGAUGAUGACUACAUCACUAUCAAGGAACCUAAGAAUGAGGAGACUUUUUCUGGAACCGAAAUUAGCGUUGGUAAGACUAUAGAAUACGUUUCUACUGUAUCAUGGUCGCCUAGCUCAAGCGUUGUCCCAUGGGUGACCAGCUCGAGUGCUUACGUUUCCACAGUGCCUACCUGGAGCAAGAAUGCGUCAUCAAGUGCUCAUACGCCAUCGAGUAAGUACUCAUCCAUUGUUCCCACCUAUACAAGUUUCUCUUCGAAAGCCCCUGUGUCAUCUAGCAAACGGUCCUCGCUCGUGCCUACUUUUACUGUUCCAACCUCUCUCAGGAAUCACUCGUCGAGUGCGCCUGUUUCUUCUAGCAAAUACUCAUCAAAUGUUCCCACUUCAAUUGUUCUUACAUCUUCAAGGAAGCAUUCGUCUCGUACUCCUUCCUCUUCAAGCAAACUCACAACAGUUGUUCUUUCUUCAAAGAAGCAUUCGUCUCAUACUCCUUCCUCUUCAAGCAAACCCACAACGGUUGUUCCUACUUUUACUAGUAAGCACUAUUCUAGCGCACAUGCCUCUUCAAGCCAAAGGUCAUCUAGCCAAAGCCCAUCUAUCGUGCCUACCUCGACUGUUGUGCCCACCUCGACUGUUGUGCCCACCUCGACUGUUGUGCCCACCUCGACUGUUGUGCCCACCUCGACUGUUGUGCCCACCUCGACUGUUGUGCCCACCUCGACUGUUGUGCCCACCUCAACCGUUGUGUCUACUUCAAUCACUGUGCCCACCUCGACUGUUGUGCCUACGUCAAUUCUAGUGCCUAUCUCAUCAGUUCCUACUUCUUCCAAGAAGCACUCUUUGCGCAAGAGCUCAACUAAUGUGCCCACCUCGACUGUUCCAACUUCUUCGAAGAAGCACAAGACGAGUCGCGUAUCUCAGACUGUUACCUCUCAAGAGAGUUCCAGCUUCGCAUUGACUUACACCACCGAGUCUAUGAAGUCCAUCAAGUCGAAGGAACAGUCAAUCACUGGUGGCAGUAUGGGCACUCCCUCAACAAUUACGAGCUCUGCAAAGCCAACCAGUAUCGUCAGCAAGACCUCCAGCACUGAGAACAAGAAGAGUAUGAAGCAAAAGACUACUGCUCAACCAAGUUCCAGCACGGCCAAGCCUACUAGCACUUCAACCAAGCGCACUAGUAAGAAGAAGGAAACUGUUGAAAAUCUAAAAGCUGAAUCGAACGCGACAAAUGCCACGAUUGGUGGUGCAGGUUAUGAAAAUUCUUCUAGUUUCAAAAUGCCAGCAACCUUUUUGUUUGCCGUCUUGAUUUCCGCGCUCGUUUUCCUACAAAAUUAG